UUUGUUCAGUGCGUCCGCCGUGUAUUUUUGUAAUAAUACGAUAUGAGAAUAUCUUAUUUUAAUUUGUAUUGAAGAAUUCGUGUUAAUCGUGUGUUACAAGAAUAUAAGUGAUUUAAGAGUGAAAAUGACAUGAAUUCAUGCUGUGCGCGUUUCGAUAUCAAGUUGGGAGGGGGAGGAAGAGAGAUGUGUCGGUGGAUGAAUUACUACAAUUUGCUUAAUAGCUAAUAGACUCAAAAUUACUGGUAUGCUUUUACGAUCCAUUCACGAUGUCCGCAUAUGUGACGAUACUGCCAUACCUAUUCCUAGGAUUAUUAGGUGUUACUUUAGGACAUGAUGUUAAGGGUUCUAAAUUUUGUGAAUUUUACAAUGAAACUAUGUGCACGGAAAGUCAACAAGGAUGUUCGGGAAAAGAGGAAUGUGGCCCGCAUGAUACAGAUAAACGCAAUCAUUGUUAUGUGUUAUGGCAUAUUGACAGCAAAACCGAAAAGACUAUAAUUAAAUUGAAGGGUUGUUUCUUAGAUAGUAAAGAAUGUUAUGACAAGCCAAAAUGCGUUGAGAAAAAUCCAAAUAAGGACAAGAAAUUGUUUUUCUGUUGUUGCGAUGGUAAUAUGUGCAACCAAAACUUUACAUGGGAUCCGCAACCUACUCAACCUCCCCCCAUUGUUCACGGUAAUGAGUUUUGUAAACAAGAAAUAUAUAUGUAUAUAAAUAUCAAUUAUAAUGUUAUUUUAUUCGAUGAAAUAUUUUCAGAAUACGAACCUGUUCCAAAUACCGAACAACAAAUAAUAACACUUGCUUUAUCCAUAUCAAUUCCUAUGAUCCUCCUUAUAAUAAUAAUAUCCAUUUUGUAUUGGUGCUAUCGUCGUAAAAAAUUGGGAUACUUCAAUGAGGUGCCAACGUUAGAACCAUUACCUUUACCCCAGCCGUCUCCUAAUUUAGGAUUACGACCAAUUCAACUUCUUGAAAUAAAAGCUCGAGGAAGAUUUGGAGCUGUUUGGAAAGCCCAAUUGAAAAAUGAAAUAGUUGCCGUCAAAGUUUUUCCUAUGCAAGAUAAACAAUCAUGGCAAACGGAACAAGAAAUAUUUAGACUCGCGCACAUGGAUCAUGAGGACAUAUUACGUUUUAUAGGGGUUGAAAAAAGAGGUGAUAAUUUGCAAGCUGAGUUUUGGUUAAUAACCGCAUACCACGAGAAAGGUUCUUUAUGCGACUAUUUAAAAGCUAACGUUGUAACAUGGCCUGAAAUGUGUAGAAUUGCAGAAUCAAUGGCACGGGGAUUGAUGCAUCUGCACGAAGAGAUACCAGCUAACAAAGUCGAUGGUUAUAAACCAGCAGUUGCUCACAGAGACUUCAAAUCGAAAAAUGUGCUUCUUAAAGCAGAUAUGAAUGCUUGUAUAGCUGAUUUUGGCUUAGCAUUAAUAUUCCACCCUGGAAAACCUUGCGGUGAUACACAUGGACAGGUUGGAACAAGGAGGUAUAUGGCUCCAGAGGUUUUAGAAGGGGCAAUCAAUUUUACCAGGGAUUCAUUUUUGCGAAUCGAUAUGUAUGCGUGUGGUCUUGUACUAUGGGAAUUAGCUUCACGAUGUACCGUACAAGAUGGACCAAUUGGAGAAUAUAGAUUACCAUUUGAAGAUGAAGUUGGUCUUCAUCCUACAUUAGAAGACAUGCAAGAAAGUGUGGUACAUAAAAAAGAAAGGCCACUUAUUUUAGAAACAUGGCGUAAACAUCCGGGACUUUUAUCAAUUUGUGAUACGAUGGAGGAAUGUUGGGAUCAUGAUGCCGAGGCACGUCUUUCGGCUUCUUGUGUAAUGGAGCGAGUGGCUACAUUGAGUAGGACACUUGUUUUUAAAUUUAAUUCAUUUAAUUCAUCUACAUUAAUUCGCGUUGAUAAUACCAACGAGUCUAUCAGCACUAAGGAGUCUAGUAUGUAGUUAGUAUAUAUGUAUUAUAGUUUUAGUUAAAUUGCACAACCAUUUCCUGUAUCAUAAUUUUAUCAUGUACAUAUGUGAGAAAUGCCAGAACGUCAAAUGCAUGAGCAUUAUUUUAAUCAUCAGAAUUUUAUUAUUAUGGAUUAUAUUAUUUUUUUAUCUCUACUAAUAUAUUUCUCUCA